AUGAAAGCUCGCCAAAGACGCCCAAUCGAAGAGAAGGCCGUUGCCGGUCUCUUACCGAUAGCAAAUAUUAAUGCGCAGAAUUUCGAUAUCCAUAACUUGGUUUUUGCCGGUGGUUGUGCUGAAAGUUCAUCUUAUGCUGGAGCUAUAAGUGUUCUUGAAAAACUUGGCCUUAUGCCUAAAGUGAAACGCUUUGCUGGUGUCGGCACUGGAGCCAUUGUAGCUACCUUCUUGGCUUUGGGUUUGGAUUCUAAUGAAUUGCAGAAGGCUUUCAAUGAACAUCUGGAUAAUAUGCUUGCUGACGAUGAAUUCGGUUACGAAAACCUCUUGGAAAACCUCAAACAAAACUACGGCUGGAACACUGGCACGAAAUUCCUGGAGUGGUUUGCACAGCUCCUAGAAUCGAAAGGAUUUGAUUCCGAGCUUUCCCUCCUUCAGUUGUACGAAAAGACUGGGAACGAAUUAUGCUUGGUAGUUAUUAACGUUGACCCGUUGGCGCUAGAAUACUACCACCCGAAAAUCACCCCUCAUUUAACAAUCAAACGGGCUGUGUUCCAGGCCCUCUCCAUACCUGGGAUAUUUGCUCCUACCAAGUAUGGGGACACUGAAGAAACCAGCUUGCAUCUCAACGCUAGUUUGAUGUGCACUUAUCCAAUCGAAUGCUUUGACGGUUGGUUACUUUCUAUGGCCGACGAAGAUUGUUUCCUGAACAAACUAGAAUGUCCAAACGAUUUCUUCUCUACCGAAAAGUCCCUUGGCACCAAAAAUAAACGUACACUUGGCUUCUUCCGAUUUGACAAAAAUCAAGAGAACACUUGUCAAACCUUCAUUAAGCGGCUCAUUGACGUCAAUGCCAAUAUCAAGAUCCCUAACACAACGUUGGGACAAAAAUACAAGCAACACUGCCAAACCAGAAUUACUCUAAACAAUAAGUUUUCUCUGUUGCGCAAAACAUGUACAGCUUUUCUCUCUAUGGCCGACGGCAUUGAAGAUGAGCAGGGCACGAUUCCCAUUGAUUCUUUGGCGCAAAAGCUAUUCACGGACAAGUCUUUGAGUAAAACAGAUUGUCAACAUUUAUUUCCACAGUUCGGCCGUAGUCUUAGUGACUUAAAAGCUUUCUUAUCUAGUAUUUCCAACACCGAUACGACACUGACUCGUCGCUGUUUGAAUCUCUUCUUUCAAACAAAGACUCUAGAAUUACUGGACCGCUAUUCAGAUCUGCUCAAAACUACUCCUAAUAACUUGCAAACCUAUUUUACUACAGUGUACGACGCUCUCCAAAAUACUGCGAUGAAUUUCUCCCAAUCUGAUUAUGACCGAAGUGUUGGUAUAUUCACUGCUCACGUCUAUAGCCGCCAUCUUGACUUUGAUGACGACGAUCAAAGUUUCCUCUAUCGGCAAGGCUGGAAUGCAACGGUUGCCUAUCUUCGUCAGACAAACAAAAAUACUGCCCAAGUCCAAACUGUUUCUGUUGUCUCUACAGACUGUUUAAAUUAG